AUGAUGGAUAAACCAAUUUUUACUCUUGAUAAAGGUACAACGUGCACAGCAUGGAAUUAUCGUGGCCAGAGGAGGUUAGCCGCUGGUUCAACUGAUGGUACACUCGCUAUCUACGAUUCAAUGGACCCGGCUUCUUCAAAAAAAUUUAACUGUACCGCCAGAUUUAAGGUUGCUGCAUAUUCUGAUGGACAAGUGAAAAUUUUUGAGCUUCUAGAUUCACUUGUAUUGGAGAAGUGCUCGAAUAGUCCCAUUCUUAAUUCCUCUAAGGGGUGGGAGUUUGACCAGGAUCAUCAAAGAUGGCUUCCAGUUGCAGAACUUGCUUCGCCAGACGAUAAGAAUGAUCACGUUUUUGCGGUUGCUUGGGCACCAAAUAUUGGAAGCUGUUGCCACUCACAAGGCAUAGCCAUCUGGCACCUUGGCUCAAACCCUGAUUCAAGUGGGAGGCUCUUCACGGAGAAGAUUGCUGUUCUAUCUGGUCAUGAUGGCGAGGUAUGGUAA